UGCGAAUAGGCUGUGAGGCUCAACAAACUUACAGAUAGUAUAGGCUCCUUGGAACAACCAAAAGACCAAACUCCAAGCAAAAUCACUUCUCUUCCUCCCCCUUCCCCAAGCGGCGGCCUCCGAUCUCUAUUCCCCACUGCCGCCGAUCCUCUCUCCUCCGGCGACCCUUCUCCGACCUCUUUGGAGGGGAAGGCUCGUCGUUUCUUGGCUUUCCGGCGGAAAGAUCCCAGGCUUCCGUCGGCAAGAUCACGGUGUUACAGCCCGUAAAGGAAACAAACCGCGAUCUCGGGAGGACAGACCCGGGCUCCCGGCGGCUGCUUCGCGGUCGAUGCGAUCGCUUGACGUGGCGGGGGCGGAUCAGCACAACCGCAAGAAACCGCGCCUCCAGACGGAGAUGCCCCUCGCCGACCCCCUCGUCGCCGGCAGCAGCGCCGGCGGCUGCGGAGGCAAUGAGGAAUCCACUGGGUGUCUCAGCAUGAGGGUGGAGGAUAUCGUGCAGCAUCCUCUGCCAGGCUACGAGUCGCCGGUGGCGCUCAGCUUUAGCCCCGACGACCGGCGAGUGGCCUUCUUGUACAGCCCCGACGGCACACUCCACCGCAAGGCGUUCACCUUCGACCCAGCAAAGCGCCGCCAGGAGCUUCUGUUCGCCCCGCCUGACGGCGGCGGGCUCGAGGAGGGCAAUCUUUCUGCCGAGGAGCGGCUGCGCCGCGAGCGUUCCCGGGAGCGUGGCCUUGGGGUCACACGCUACGAGUGGCGUGCCCGUCGGUCUGCCGCCCCCUCUUCUCGUGCCGGCAUUGUCGUGCCUCUCCCAUCCGGGGUUUACUUCCAGGAUUUAUCUGGCUCUGAACCAGUACUCAUGCUAGAAAGUUCUUCUACAUCACCAAUUAUUGACCCACAUCUAUCUCCAGACGGGACCAUGAUUGCAUAUGUCAGGGAUGAUGAACUGCAGUGCACGAUACAUAACUCGGGUUUUGGUGAUGGGGAAACUAGGCAAUUGACCUUCGGUGCAAGAGAGAGUGGAAAGGUGCAUGGACUUGCUGAGUAUAUUGCACAGGAAGAGAUGGAAAGGAAGAUGGGAUUCUGGUGGUCUCCUGAUAGUAAACACCUUGCAUUUACUGAAGUAGAUUCAUCUACAAUUCCACUAUACAGAAUUAUGCAUCAGGGCAAAAGUUCUGUUGGUCUAGAUGCUCAAGAAGAUCAUGCUUACCCAUUUGCUGGAGCAGCUAAUGUUAAAGUUCGUCUUGGAGUUGUUUCUUCUGGUGGAGGAGAGGUAACUUGGAUGGAUCUCCUUUGUGGAGAAUCAAAUGGUGCUCAUGGUGAUGAAGAAUAUCUAGCUAGAGUUAGCUGGAUGCAUCAUAAUGCUCUUGCGGUUCAAGUUCUCAACAGAACCCACACAAAACUUAAGCUACUUAAGUUCGAUAUUGCCACAGGUAAAAGGGAAGUCUUACUAGAAGAGGAGCAUGAUAUAUGGAUAACAUUACACGAUUGUUUCACUCCUCUAGACAAUGGAGUGAAUAGCAAGCACCCAGGAGGCUUUAUUUGGGCCAGUGAGAGUACAGGAUUUAGACACUUGUAUAUUCAUGACAAGAAUGGUGAGUGCUUAGGGCCUGUCACACAAGGUGAUUGGAUGGUCGACCAAAUUGCUGGUGUCAAUGAGAGUUCUGGUCUUGUGUAUUUUACUGGAACACUGGAUGGACCAUUAGAGACAAAUCUGUACUAUACCAACCUCUUUCCUGAUUGGAGCCUUCCACUGCAAACCCCUAAGAGGUUGACCCGUGGCACUGGAAGGCAUUCAGUAAUUCUUGAUCAUCAGUUGAUAAGGUUUAUUGAUGUGUAUGACUCAGUAAAAUCACCACCUGUGAUUCGGUUGUGUUCUUUGCUUGAUGGAAGUAUAAUAAUGCCUAUUUAUGAGCAGCCACUGACAGUUCAGCCCCUUAAAAAGUUUCAACAGUUGUCUCCAGAGAUGGUCCAGUUUUCAGGAAAGGAUGGAACUUCUUUUUAUGGAACUCUCUACCUUCCCGAUGAGAAGAAAUAUGGACCGCCUCCCUACAAAACGCUAAUAAAUGUUUAUGGUGGUCCCAGUGUCCAGCUCGUUAGUGAUUCGUGGAUUAGUACAGUCGACAUGAGAGCUCAGUAUCUUCGAAGUAAGGGGAUAUUAGUUUGGAAGAUGGACAACCGGGGAUCUGCGAGGCGAGGUUUGCAUUUUGAGGGACAGCUGAAGUACAACAUCGGUCGUGUCGAUGCUGAAGAUCAACUAACGGGUGCCGAGUGGUUAAUAAAGCAAGGCCUUGCGAAGCCUGGCCAUAUCGGUCUUUAUGGCUGGAGCUAUGGUGGCUUUCUCUCAGCAAUGUGCCUUGCACGGUUCCCUGAAGUGUUCUGCUGCGCAGUGUCUGGUGCCCCGGUGACUGCAUGGGACGGGUACGAUACCUUUUACACAGAGAAGUACCUGGGACUGCCCUCUGAGAACAGCGAUGCUUACGAGUAUGGGUCAAUCAUGCACCAUGUGAAGAAUCUGAGGGGAAAGCUGCUCCUCGUCCACGGGAUGAUUGACGAGAACGUGCAUUUCAGGCACACGGCUAGGCUCAUCAACCGUUUGAUGGCGGAACGCAAGCCCUACGAGAUCCUCCUCUUUCCCGACGAGAGGCAUAUGCCACGCCAGCUAGAUGACCGGAUCUAUAUGGAGGAGAGGAUAUUCGAUUUUGUAGAGAGAAGCCUGUGAAAGUGGGCAAAAUGCGUUGUAUAAAUCAGCCGUUGCCCUGUGUAACUUUGGCUUGGAUAGUUGGUACCAUAUCCGGGGUUUUAUUUCAUUUUUCACCAUCUGUAUUUAUGGCGUGAGGGCAGGGACAUGCAUGAUUCUUUUCUGUGAUAAUGACCGCAGUAGUCAGCUGCUCUGGGUUCAGAGUGAGAGCGUUCUGAAUAA